AUGGGGGGGAAGAGCCUCAGCGUCCUCAGCCUCGGCGUCCUGCUCCUGGCCGCCCCCGCUCCGGGGGGCGCGGUGCCCUCGCAGAGCUGCGAGGCCGUCCGGAAAGUUUUCCAGCUGCGGCAGCUCGGCCCCCUCCGGGGAAUCCCGGAGUCCCCGCGGGCAGGGGCUGAUCUCCAGGUUUGUGCUUCUAAAAAUCCAACAUGCUGUACCAAGAAGAUGGAAGAAAGAUACCAGGCUGCAGCAAACCAAGAUAUAGAGCAAGUGCUUCAAACGUCAAGCGCGACAUUAAAAUUCUUAAUAUCUCGUAAUGCAGCUGCUUUUCAAGAAACCUUUGAAAUGCUUAUCAGACUGGCUGAGAAUUACACAAGCACACUUUUCUGCAAAACAUAUAGAAACAUGGCUGCUGAGGCUACUACACGUGUUCAGGAGUUUUUCACAGAUGUUGGACUCUUCGUAUUUGGCACAGACAUUAGCACAGAGGAAUCUGUCAACAGAUUUUUUGACACCCUCUUUCCAGUCAUCUACAACCAUAUGAUUAACCCUGGUCUGACUGACAUUUCACUGGAAUAUGCAGCGUGCCUCCAAAUGGUGAGAAGAGACAUCAAACCCUUUGGUAACAUUCCCCAAAAGGCCAUAAGACAAAUGGGAAGAUCACUGUUACCCAGCCGGACUUUCUUGCAGGCUCUGAAUUUGGGGAUUGAAGUGAUCAAUACAACAGAUCAUCUGCGUUUCUCUAAAGACUGCAGCAGAGCUUUACUGAGAAUGCAGUACUGCCCCCAUUGCCAAGGGCUGACUUCAAGUAAGCCCUGUAUGGGCUACUGCCUCAACAUCAUCCGAGGCUGCUUAGCUAACAUAGCAGAAGUUGAUCUUCAUUGGCGGGGAUAUAUUCAGUCCCUGGAGGACCUCUCAAGUGCCAUGAGUGGAACAUACGACAUUGAACAUGUGCUUCUGAACUUCCACUUGCUUGUUAAUGAUGCUCUCUUACAGGCUCGUGUCAAAGGGCCAGUAUUAUCUGAGCAGGUGAACAAGGUAUGUGGUCCUCCUGUAAGGAAGCCUACGCAAUCUCCAGGUUGCUCCUUAGAUCAAAAUAGAUAUAAUCAAGGGUUGAAGAUGUUCUCAAGAGACAGCGAAGAAACCCUCUCCAGCAGAAGAAAGGAAUUUAUCAGGCAGCUCCGGCUCUACAGAGCCUUUUACGGUGGCCUGGCUGAUCAGCUCUGCAGCAAUGAGUUGGCAGCUGCCGAUGGACUCCCGUGUUGGAAUGGAGAAGAUGUUGUAAGAAGCUAUACUCAUCGUGUGGUUGGCAGUGGAAUCAAAGCUCAGUCUGCAAAUCCAGAAGUAAAAGUGAAGGGAACAGAUCCUGUAAUAAGUCAAAUUAUUGACAAGCUGAAACAUGUUAUUCAGCUGUUGCAGGGCAAAUCAUUUCCUAAAUAUGAAAAAUGGGAUCUCCGACAAACAGGCAGUGGUGGAGGUGUAGAUGGACAAAUCAGUGGAGAUUGUGAUGAUGAAGAUGGUUGCGGAGGAUCAGGAAGUGGAGAAGUCAAGAGAGUCCUGAAAAUGACAGACUGGAUGCCAGACAAGAUGAACCUCAGUGACGUAAAGCAAAUCCAUCAAACCAAAGAUGGCAGCACUUUAGACACAACUGGAGCAGGAUGUGCAACAACGGCUGAUUAUAUGACAUUUAUGCUGAUUAGUUUGGUAACACUAUUUCUCAGUCUUUGGUAG